AUGGAGUCCAGCAGUAACCGUGGUGUUGAGCAAAGCUCGAUUGUUGACUUUUGGGCGAUUGCACAGACCACUACCACAACGCAAAAUAAGGCUGCAGGCAGGCAAGCUGAGAACUCCAAUCUCACAAACCGCGUCAAGAACAGCACCAAGAGCAGCACUAAUGACCACACAAUUGCUUGGCGCACAAUCAUUGUCGCCUACAGCCGGAAGGAAAUGGCUGAAUGA